CCGCAGUGCCUCCAGAUACACUCUUACGCACAAACGGACCCCGAACUUGAGGAGAAAGACGAGAGGAAAAAGAGACAGAGGGAGAGAAGGAGGGAGGAGAGUUUGUCAGAAUGAGUCGGCGUCAUGAGGGAAGUAAUGGCGAUGGGACGCAUAGAUAGAUAGGACAGAAAGGUGUAUUUCAGUAAGAGGUUGGAUGUCAGCUGCGUGUGGAGCAGAAGAAAGAAGAACCGGAGCAGAAACAUGAGUCGGCAACAGCAGUCGCAGGGAGUGGUUUUAACGGGUUACCACAGCAACGCCGAACUGUUGCCGAAAACUGGACUGUGUGCCUCGAGCUGUCCGUCAGCACAGGAGCACGAGCCCAACCUGCACAGCCGCAGGACAGGCCACUAUGCAGUUCAACAGAACCAGAAUACACAUAAUGCUGACAAAUAUGGACCUUCCUCCACCUCCGCCACCUGUACAAAAACCACGAUUACAGACCCAUCAUCACAACCAAACCCAAGUGCAGCUGCUUAUCCCAGAUCUCAGCACUCCUCCAGCCCUAAACCAGGCUCCAGCCCCAAAAACAGUCCCAUCCCCAGGUCUGGACAGCGGCCUCCCUGCCAGCGCUACAACUCUCAGGAUUCUCUGGAUGAGCUGGAAAUGGACGACUACUGGAAGGAGGUGGAGAAUAUCACUCGCACGGGUGGAGGGUCAGGGAGGGGAGAAGGGGCAGGAGAAGGGGACAUGCAAGAGGAGGAACAGCAGAAAUUUCCUGAAGAAGGCGAGCAGGAGGAGGCAUGGCUAACAGAAGCAGGCCUAGCACGGUUGUUCGAUGAUUCACUGGCAGCUGACCAGGACCAGGAAGAAGACAGCGUGGUGUUCCUGUCCACACUGACAAGGACUCAGGCUGCAGCCGUAGAGCGACGUGUGACAUCACUACAGCAGACGCUACGGCGACGCAACCGGCAGCACGUCCCUGAUGUCAGAGACAUCUUCAGACCUCCUGAAAAGGAUGGAGAGCCAAAUAAAGUCAAAGGGGGAAGUGAGAACGGACAAAAAGAUGUCACUUCAACUGAAAUAGAGACAGAGCUGGACGUUGAAGUGGCCUUUUCAGAGCAGGCCCUCUCUUACAGGGACAACCACCAAAGGUUAAAGCUCAACACGGGACCCAGCUCACCUGACGACAAACUACCAAACUUUAAGCUGCUUCGGGAUAAAACAGGUCAGACCAGAAUAGGAGAUCUGUCUCCUCUGGAUAUGAAAAAGGUGCGUAGACUGGUUCUGGUGGAGAUGACGGCACUAUUUGACACAGCAGGGAUUGACCUUAAGGCUCACAAAGCUGUCAAAAUCAAAACUAAAGAAAGUGGUCUAUUUGCUGUUCCUCUUGCCAUGUUAUUGGAUCAGGACCAGAGGCGGGCUCCUGGGACUAAAGUGCCAUUCAUACUGCAGAGGCUUAUUAGUCACAUUGAGGAGGAGGGACUGGACACAGAGGGGCUGCUACGGAUCCCUGGAGCUGCCACAAGAGUCAAGUCACUGUGUCAGGAGCUUGAGUCCUCUUUCUAUGAUGGGACGUUCCCAUGGCAACAGUUAAAGCAGCAUGAUGCUGCUAGCCUUUUGAAGCUCUUCAUCAGGGAGUUACCCCAUCCUUUGCUCACUGUGGAGUACCUCAACGCAUUUCUUGCCGUCAACAAUCUCCCCACAAAGAAGCAGCAGCUGCAGGCUUUGAACCUCCUGGUCCUUUUGUUACCUGAGGCCAAUCGGGAUACUUUAAAGGCUCUAGUGGAGUUUUUCCAGCGGGUGAUUGACCACCAGGCCAAAAAUAAAAUGACACUGAACAAUGUCUCAGUUGUCAUGGCACCCAACAUCUUCAUGUUCAAAGGUUUCCGCUCCAAAGUUACAGAACAGCAGGAGUUCUCCAUGGCAACCAGCACAGCCAACAUCGUCCGGCUGCUCAUUAGAUACCAGAAUCUUCUCUGGACAAUUCCCAAGUUCAUCAUGACCCAGGUCAGACAGCAAAAUAUGGAAAGUCAACGGAAGCAGAACAAAGAGAGAGCUGUACGAAAACUCCUGAAGAAGAUGACGACAGAAAAAACAGCUGAUAAAACUAUCCCAGAGGAGGGCUCACAGGGACUCAUUCGAGUUCAAGCUCCUCAGUUCAGUAAAGUGUCAAUGGCGGUUCAGCUGACAGAGGAGCUGCAGGCUGCUGAUGUGUUAACACGCUUCCUCAGCCAGGAUAGUUCAGUAGCAGUGAAAAAAGAAGAACUAUGUCUCUAUGAGAUUGGUGGAAACAUCAAAGAGAGAUGUCUUGAUGGGGAAACGUUUAUGAAGGACCUCUACCAGCUGAACCCAACAGCAGAAUGGGUCAUCAAAGUUGUGCAGAAAUAAAGUUGUCCCCGCCCUCACACCCUGCGGGACGCAUGGCUGCUCAACACUGUCCUACUGAGGAAGCUGACUGUGGUUUCUGCAGGUUUCCGGGAAUAUGGACCCUUCAUUUAUAGCAGACACACUGAACCAGGGUGGUUGCAUGAUUUCCAUACAAACGGCUGGCCCUAAAAACUGCCUAAAAGUGCAAGUACAAGUGCUCUGACGAAGAAAAAAAUAAUUUUCCCUCACUGUCAGAUUGUCAAACAAGACAAAGAAAAUGCAUAAUUUGAUGACUUUCCAUCCUUGCCUUGUACUGGCUUUAAUUUUGGGCCUCAGUUACCACUAGAAUGAAGUUUCAGCUGUGUAGGUACAGCAAAACCACUUGUUUUCCUCCAGUCCUGCUACUGCACUGUGAUGAAAACUUCAAGUCUGUGGCAGCACCUGAGCCACAAAAUUGUGAUCCUACACACUUUGUGACACUAAAAGUGUUGAAGUUAAAACUGUGAUUUAUGCCACUAUUCAUGUUGCUUCUGCUGUGAAAAGUUAAAAUAAGUUAUGGGGAAACAAAUAUUGAAAUUGUUUGAAUUAAGAAAGUAAUUUGGGAAGUGUGGCCUUUAUUUGUAUUUUUAUCAAAAGCUCUAUAAAGUAAAGCUAUAAUUACAUUAGUAUAUGUCAGCUUUUUGCAGCACUUCCCUGUAACCAGAAGGGAAAGUACAUGAAAGAUGGAGCUUUAUGUGGAAGAAACACCGCUUUAUAGUCUGGUUCUAUGUGAGGGAAGGCCCUCAUUGGUGGCACACCUCAACAUAAAUACUUUCCAUUACAAUGAAGCCACUUGCAACUAAACUUGGCACACAAUGAUGACAUCAACAUGUUAUGGUACAUAAACAAUGUUGUGUAAUCAUACAUACAAUCAAACCACUGAUGUUUGAGUGUUUUCACAAGUUCAUCUGUCUUGAAAAACUGCAACUCAUUGGUGUAAAAAUGUGAACCUGCACAGUUUAGACUGUGUAAGCUCACGUGGACGUCUCUAAGUCAGUUGCCUUACAAAUUUUGUACCAAAGACUCAUAUUAAAGAAUUGCUCUUCUCCAAAUUGUCAAAUUAAAACAUCAAAAGCUGACUGUACAGAUUGCCUUCUUCAAGACUGCACCUUAACAUUAAGUGGCUGCAGAGGUACCUGGAAACCUUUGGAAUUAUCGAUUUGACCCCCCCCUUCCCCCAUCUCUCCCAGUAGACCACUGGUGAAGGGUGCAGUAAGCCAGGAAUAGAAAACCCUCUGAACUGUUUUGCACACAAGUUCUUGUACUUUUCUUGGCUUGUAAUAAAAGCCUUAAGUUAUGUGGGGUCUCCCACAGUUCCUGCAGCCAUUGGAAAACAUUUAACCACAAAGCUGUUUGUCUUGUGGAAUGCUGUAAACUACAAGUAUUGUGUCAAUUCUUGCCUUGUAUUAUCUUGUUUUUACUGUUUUUUUUUUUUUUUCAAAUACUGGCUUAUUUGUCUUAUUAAUGCCCCUAAAAUGACCACUUAAAGCCUGUAAAUAAACAUGCAGUUAUUAAU